AUGCCUCUCUGUCACCCAGUCUUUGCUAUCUGCCAGGCACAACAAUGCAGUAGCACAGAACUUGUUAUAUAUUCCUGCAAUGUUCAACAGAUUGUUGAAAUUGCAUUUCCCAUAUGUUGUGGAAGGCAUAUUGUCCCUAGUUGCAUCCUGCAAUAUCUUAAACAGUGUGGUGCAUUCUGGGAGUGCUUCUGUGGUAUCCUUUCCAAUGAACCUUGGCCAGUGCACUUCAUCAACUUUGCUGUCAGCAGUACAAAUACAGUUUGCAUGGAAGUUCUUUGUCAUUCUCAUGUCAGUUUGUGUGGAUUCCAGUUGAAUCUCAAUGAGACACACCAUACAGCCAUGCUGCUUUCAUCUUAUGAUGGAAUUCCACCACUUGCUACCCCAGGCCAAAAUACUGUACCAGAUGUCAACUAUCUCUUCAGAACUUUCGAGCACAAAUACCUAGGCUCACUUACCUCUGUGUACAAUGGAUACAGACUCAUUGGGCCAGAGGUAUCCUUCACUUUGCCACAACAUCAGACAAAUACCAGCCAUUGCACACAUUCCAGUAUUACCCCACACACAAAAGAUAUACUACUUGGUAAUAACAGUCUUAGACAAUGCACACCAGCAUCAACCUCCAAUACCACUAGACAUGACACCACAGAGGUAGCAGACCAUGAAUGUGAACUGCUUCUCACACUCAUGUCUGGGAUGGGAAUUAGCAGAUAUGAUAGAAUAGCUAGCAGACUGCAUGCUCACAUUCAUAGUGAGAUCAAUGAUGAGACAUGUGUCAUCAAGCUCAAACUGCGAGGGAAGAAGAGAGGACAACAACAAUGGCAAAGAAAGGACAUUGAAAAUGAUGGGGAGAUUGAUGAUGAGGGAAUUGGGAAAGAGCAGGAAGAAAUGAAGACUGAUCUUAUAUAUGCUGCACAUGUCUGA